UCCAACCUAAAAGAGGUGCUGUGCACGUUGGAAGCACGAGUCGCUGCACCUUCAUAAAUGAAUCAUAUCUCCUGACGAGGCAACAGAAUAAGGAUUACCGCAGUGUUCGUCAACACAACAGAGUGAUAAGAAGAAUCCAAGCGUGUCCUGGCGAGCUGGACACAAUGGCAUCACCAACUCCUCUAUCCAAGGCCAACACCUCUUUCUCUCUGGCUUUGCUCCAAAAGCUGGGUGACGACGACAAGACCGCAAAUGUCUUCUACUCCCCUUUCAGCAUCUCUUCAGCCCUGGCUAUGGUGUUGCUGGGGGCCAGGGGCAACACAGCCACACAGAUGUCAGAGUCCCUGAAAACCAAAGAUUUACAGGAUGAUGUCCACGUUAGCUUUGCCCAACUGCUGAGCGAGCUCAACAAGGCAGACGCUCCGUAUGCCCUCAGUGUUGCUAACAGGCUGUACGGAGAGCAAUCCUACCAGUUUAUCGAGGAUUUCUUAGGAAAAACCAAGAAGCACUACAAAGCAGAGCUGGAGCCUUUGGACUUCAAAACCAGCUCAGAGUCAGCCAGGGUCCACAUCAAUAGCUGGGUGGAGCAGCAGACACAAGGUAAAAUUAAGGACGUGCUGGCCCAGGGUGCGGUGGACAACAUGACCAGGCUGGUGCUGGUCAAUGCUAUGUACUUCAAAGGAAGUUGGAACAAGCCAUUUAAGAAGAUUGACACACGUGAUGCUCAAUUUAGGCUCAACAAGAAUGACACUAAGCCAGUGAAGAUGAUGUAUCAAGAUACCAACUUCCCCCUCACCUCUAUCUCUGAAGCCAACUGCCAGAUCCUAGAGAUGCCGUACAAAGGAAAGGAGCUCAGCAUGCUCAUCUUUCUACCAAAUGAAUUAGAGGACAGUACAACAGGCCUGGAGAAGCUGGAGAAGACGCUGACCUAUGAGAACUUUGUGGAGUGGACGCGCCCAGACAUGAUGAAUAACAUUGAGGUCCAGGUGGGGCUGCCUCGAUUCAAGAUGGAGGAGAAGUAUGACAUGAAGAAUGUCCUGAUCAGCAUGGGCAUGGUGGAUGCCUUCGACAUGGCUUCGAGUGACUUCUCUGGCAUGUCUCCCGCCAAUGACCUAGUACUGUCAAAAGUCGUCCACAAGGCUUUCGUGGAGGUCAACGAGGAGGGAACUGAGGCUGCAGCUGCCACUGGUGUUUCCUUUCAGCUUCAGUGUCUCAGAUUUGUAUCAGCCAGGUUCAUCGCAGACCACCCCUUCCUCUUCUUCAUCCGACAUAACCCCUCCAUGAGCAUUCUCUUUGCUGGCCGAUACUGCUCCCCCGAGUACACAAUGGCAUCACCAACUCCUCUAUCCAAGGCCAACACCUCCUUCUCUCUGGCUUUGCUCAAAAAUCUGGGUGAUAACGACAAGACCGCAAAUGUCUUCUACUCCCCUUUCAGCAUCUCUUCAGCCCUGGCUAUGGUGAUGCUGGGGGCCAGGGGCAACACAGCCACACAGAUGUCAGAGUCCCUGAAAACCAAAGAUUUACAGGAUGAUGUCCACGUUAGCUUUGCCCAACUGCUGAGCGAGCUCAACAAGGCAGACGCUCCGUAUGCCCUCAGUGUUGCUAACAGGCUGUACGGAGAGCAGUCCUACCAGUUUAUCGAGGAUUUCUUAGGAAAAACCAAGAAGCACUACAAAGCAGAGCUGGAGCCUUUGGACUUCAAAACCAGCUCAGAGUCAGCCAGGGUCCACAUCAAUAGCUGGGUGGAGCAGCAGACACAAGGUAAAAUUAAGGACGUGCUGGCCCAGGGUGCGGUGGACAGCAUGACCAGGCUGGUGCUGGUCAAUGCAAUCUACUUCAAAGGAAGCUGGAACAAGCCGUUUGAGGAGAUUGUCACACGUGAUGCGCAAUUUAGACUCAACAAGAAUGAAACUAAGCAAGUGAAGAUGAUGUAUCAAGAAACCAACUUCCCUCUCACCUCUAUCUCUGAAGCCAACUGCCAGAUCCUAGAGAUGCCGUACAAAGGAAAGGAGCUCAGCAUGCUCAUCUUUCUACCAAAUGAAUUAGAGGACAGUACAACAGGCCUGGAGAAGCUGGAGAAGAUGCUGACCUAUGAGAACUUUGAGAAGUGGACGCGCCCAGAAAUGAUGGAUAACAUUGAGGUCCAGGUGGGGCUGCCUCGAUUCAAGAUGGAGGAGAAGUAUGACAUGAAGAAUGUCCUGAUCAGCAUGGGCAUGGUGGAUGCCUUCGACAUGGCUUCGAGUGACUUCUCUGGCAUGUCUCCCGCCAAUGACCUAGUACUGUCAGAAGUCGUCCACAAGGCUUUCGUGGAGGUCAAUGAGAAGGGAACUGAGGCUGCUGCUGCCACUGCUGCAAUCAUGAAGGCGUGCUGUUACAUCCGUCCAGCCACCUUCACCGCAGACCACCCCUUCCUCUUCUUCAUCCGACAUAACCCCUCCAUGAGCAUUCUCUUUGCUGGCCGAUACUGCUCCCCCGAGUGAACGCUUCGUUGUUCAGAGCAGUGUGUUUUCUCAACAUCUGCUAUUGCAACAUUAUAAAAUGUUAUGUUAUUUUAACACCGGGAUGAAGAGUAAAAACUGUGGUGUUAGAUUUUCUGAACUGUGGCUUCUUGUCUGCAUCACUUCUUACAGGAGUGAUUCUGUGUUUAUCUUGUGCCUUUCUGAACAUUAGGUUAUUGCACUGCAUCUUUUGCACCUAUAGUCUCAUCCUUAGGAUCUGGUUUACUUUAUGUCUGUAAUACAUAUAUGGUCCUAUUUCCUGCACCCUCACACCCUAGCUAUACCAUUAGAGUCUAGUUUAUCUUAUACCAUACACCCUUUGAAAGAGUUUAUGUCUAUUAUGUCUUUUCAACCACUAGAACAGAUGCCAACUGUACUAUAAUACCAUAUGAAGGUGUGACGGUUGCAAGACUCUGCACUAUGUUUCUACAGAACAUGCAUUUUAUUUCAUUGCUUGAUAUAUUUGCUUAACCAAAGAAAAUAAUGUGACGUAAUCACAUUGUCAGAUA